AUGCCUCCCCCCCCCCCCCCAACGCCCCCCAAGCAUCAAUUACCACCCCCCAUCUUCCCCCAAGCUUUCAAGACCUCCUCCCAUGUCGCCCCGCCAACUGGCCAGUUUAUAAGUCGCGUGAUGCCCCCCCUGAGGUACUGCAAGACCACCCCCCUAUGCUCCCCCGGUACCCCCCCAAUACCCCCCGUCCCGGGGCGGUCACGUGUACCCUCAAGUCGCCAUUGCGACUUCGCCGCGCGCGCUGCGCGUCUCAAAGCCCGCUCCCCCGUGCCGUGCACCUCUUCCCCUCCCCCCCAUCCCUGGUGCGCUCUCUCCACCUGGCCAUUUGGCCAAGUCCUCCGCUCCCGCCAACUGGCGACCUCCCCCGGUGACUACGCCCGGCCCCUCCCUGGGCCACGACGCGCCCCCGGGGGGCCCCGCCCCGGAGCUAGCGACCCGGGGGACCCUACCCGUGGAGGGGGGCUGCUCGAGGAUCAUAGGGGCGACGUAGGGGCUCACCCAGCCGGGCCACCUCUACAUGGCCUGACCCGCGAGUCUCUACUGCUCCCACGACACUCAAAGCACCCCGCACCAUCCACUGGGCACGGUUCCUCCAGCCGCCAACCCCGGACCAAUGGGCCCGGUUCGCCUCUACACAGACUCACCGACCCCAUUUGGGGGAUAGAAAUCCAUGCAACAGUGAACGGUGCCAGUUUUGGAUCCUGGGGCACUUUAUUACUAGGACGUGGUCCGUGCCACCCCGUUUUCCCAUACAAAGUGGGCCACUUUUCCAAAACCUUUUGUGUCUUUCUGCGGACUUGGUCGUCUAAGAGUCAAAGGUCACGUGCAGACUGGGCAAUGAUCCCCCCCCCCCCGGGCUUCUCUGUACCCUCCCCAGCUGCCUGGCUUGGCCCCCGAUGUGUGGACGGCACGGGGGUAUCUCCCCCAAUGCUCAGGGGUACGCCCCAUGUCCGGCUCAGACCGGGGGGCCUCCCCAAGCGAUCUCACGGGCACCCUAGCCAACUGGUCAGUAGGUCGACAUCGCCCGGGGCAUACCCUCUCCGGGCCCCCAGGCUCCCCCACCUCGGGGGUUCUCCCCCUAGCAUCCCCCAGUCAUCCACGACCUCCCCCCAUGAUCCCCCAUCUCGGGGGUCCUCCCCCCCAACACCCCCCGCAUGCAUGGCCACACCCCCUGUCACUCCGUCAACUGGUCAGUUGCUACAUCACGUGAUACAUAUAAAUUGGAGUCUUGCCACCCCACCCUCCAGCACAAGUGACCACACCCCGUCACUUCGUCAACUGGUCAGUUUGUACCUCACCGGGUAUAAGCCCUGA